GGUGUUGUAUGUGGAGUGAGAAGAUCUUUGAAUGCUUGACAGAACUUACCUUCUGUUGGAUCUUCACUCGUGUAUUCACUUUCAACAUGAUCCAAUUCUCCAGCUGCACGCGCCGUCUGGCCCGCGUCAUACCUGCUCCCCGUGCUCACCUUUCAACAGGUUCCCAACACAGUGAGAGACCCUUGUACGAAUUCCGGACCUACAGAAUCCAUCCGGACCGGACCGCCGCCUUCCUAAAGCUGACCAACGAGAAGAUUCACCUCAGGACCGCUCACUCUGAGCUGAUUGGCUACUGGAGUGUGGAGUAUGGCGGCUUGAAUCAGGUCUUCCAUAUAUGGAAGUAUGACUCUUUCUCUCAGCGGGCAGCGGUCCGCUCUGCACUGGCUCAGGACCCGUGCUGGUUGUCGGAGUACAUCUCCAAGGCCAUCCCCAUGCUGACCUCCCAGGACAACGAGGUCACCAGCCUGUUGCCAUGGAGCCGUCUGCACGCGCCGCCGCAGGAGGGCGGUGCAUUCGAACUUGCGUCCUUCAAGAUGCGUCCCGGGGGGGCAGCGCUUUGGGGCAGAGACCUCCAGGACGCCAUCACCUCCCAUGAUGCACCUGGACACGCCCACUUGGUCGCCGCCUUCCGCAGCGAGCUCGGCCACCUGGACACAGUUCAUGCCCUCUGGUGGUUCGAGAGUGCCGACAAACAACGUCAGAUUCAACGCGACGCUGCAGUCCCUCAUGUCGACACGUGGAAGAACAAACUCAUGUUCCCGUGUUCCUUCUCGCCACUGAAGUGACUUCCUGUCACCCAGCUGCGUUUCCACAACGACAUGAGCCACAGACCCGCCCUUUCUCUCGAGAAGGAGCCAACAGCAGCCUGGUGUCAGUCACUGGUGGUGGGCGGGGCUUGUCUUUUUUGCCGCUAAGACGUGAAAAGACUUUUCUGCUUCAAAAUAAACCUUAGGAACAAAAUUUGUGUCUGUGCGGACCCGUUUGUCACUUCUAACGUCCAAAUACGUGCAGCCUUCCAACAUGGCAACCCACCGGGACCGAGACACAAGAACCAAGCCGCCAUGAUCCACAAGAAUUCAUCCAACAGGGCUGAUCUAGAAUAAGUAAACCCACAAGAAGCGACCCACAGAACUGAUGCACCAGGAUCAAGAGGCACUGAUCCAGAAUAAGUAAAACCAGAAGAGCCCACCCACAGAACCAACCCACCAUGAUACAUAAGUACUGAUCCACAGAGACCAACCCCGAACAAGUAAAUCCACAAGAGUGGAACCACAGAAUUGAUCCACCAGUCAGACCCAAAAGUAAACCCACAAGCCAAACUACAGAACCAACCCAACAGGAUGUACAAUAACUGAUCCACCAGGACAAACCCAGAUGAACUAAAUCCACAAGCCAAACCACAAAACUAAACCACCAGGAUCCACAAGAACUGAUCCACCACCAACAACCCAGAAGUAAACCCACCAGCAUCCAUAAGAACUGAUCCAAGAGACCGACCCAGAAGAAGUAAAUCCACAAGAGUUGACCUACCAGGAUCCACAAGAACUGUUCCACCAGGACCAACCCAGAAGAAGUAAACCCAGAAGGUGAACCACAGAACAAAUCCACCAGGAUCCACUAGAACUGACCGAAUAGACUGACCCAAUAGAAGUAAACCUCAAACAGUUGAGCCACAGAACCAACCCACCAGGAUCUACAAGAACUGAUCCAUCGGAACUGACACUGAAGAAUUCAACCCACAAGAGCCUCCCCACAGAACCGACCGAUCAGGAUCCACAAGAACUGAUCCACCAGGGCCAACCCAAAAGAAGUAAACCCAUAAGAGCUGAUCCACAGAACCAGCAAGAACCGACAGAAAAAGUAAAUCCGCAAGAGCUGACCCACCAGGAUCCACCGAUCAGAACUUGUUGGUCCAAAUGGACAUGUGACUCCUGAAGGUAACAUGCUUCACGUCAGCAUGAUCCAAAAACUGUUUGCUCAUUAGUGUGGCUUCUUCAAAAUAAGAGUCCAGUCAGUCGAUUUGUUUGAUUUUAUUGUUGUAACAGUAUUGUGUCACAUUUUAAGAGAUUGUAUUUCUUUUUUGGUUCGCUUUCUAAUGUGGACUUUAAAAAACAACUGGUGAGGUAUUUGGACACAUCUGUCAAAAAAUCAACACUUUGAUUGGCGGUUAAAGCAAAAAACAGGAAAUGAAAGAUAAAUAAAAGGAAGUUGAUUUGAAAUGAUUUAGACUCUUCAUCAACACGAUUUAAAAACAUUAAAAAAAAGAUGGCGGACACACGCCGGCACCGCUUCAAGUUUUUUUCAUUUGAAAUCCGCGACAGGCAGCAGGCCACGCCUCCGCAGGAGAUCAUUUGCAUUGAGUGGCUUGAGGCGUCUGACUCCGCCCACCACGUCGUGUGGUGACAGCCAAGUGCAAAUGACGCGGUCACAUGACGCUCUCUGUGGUGCUGUCCGCCUGACUGUGGCAGAGGGCGGGGACGUCUACCAGGACGUCUCGGCGCCGCACAGACGCAUCUUUUGAGU